GCGGUAGCCUCGUCUCCCAGUCCGACUGUGGCCGCGGCCUAGUACCGGGUGCUGUGCGGAGCCCACGGUUCCCCUUCCCGCGCCAGUUCUCGCGGGAGCCCGUGCUGUCCGCCACGCUCGGCUGAGGGUGGGAGGACUCAGUGCCCGGGGGGUAAUCUGGGACCCGGGCGCGGGCCUGUGGGUCCGAGGGCCUCCAGGGCCGGCGGCGAGAACUUGGCCGACCUUGGCCCCUUGGGGUCGGGGAGUUACGGGGGAGGGGAGGUGGGUCCCCCAGUGCAGGCGCUUGGGGCCCACGCGGGCUGUCGCUUACUAAGUUCCACCGAGCGCGGCGGCCUCGGUGGGGCGCCCGGCGCCGGGGUGAUGAGACCAGACCCUGCUCUGGAGGAGGCCCGAGCCUCCUGCGGGAGCGCGUGUGUGAACAGGCCAUGACAGCGACCUGGAGAGGGGUCGUUGGAACGCAGGGGUGCUGAGAACCAGCCUGCAUGGCCAGCGGCCUGGGGGAAAGUCUUCUAGCGGAUGACACGGGGCGCGGAGGGGGGGUGAAGGCUAAGCCGGAGUUCUCCGUCCGUGAACAAACGUUGAAGUGCUCACUGGGGACUAGGAAGAGAAAUCUGGUGUUCCUUAAAGAUGGCCUGAUAUGAAGGAAUUACGCCUCCAGCCUCCCCAGGCCCCCAGAACUGCCCUGUGGCUGCCUUGUCCUUCAAGUGCAGGAGCCGGUUGAAAUGUCAGGAAUGGAAGCCAAUGUGACCAUCCCAAUCUGGCAAAACAAGCCACAUGGAGCUGCUCGCAGUGUAGUGAGAAGAAUUGGGACCAACCUGCCCCUGAAGCCAUGUCCCCGGGCAUCCUUCGAGACCCUGCCCAACAUCUCUGAUCUGUGUCUGAGGGAUGUACCCCCAGUCCCAACCCUGGCUGACAUCGCCUGGAUUGCUGCGGAUGAAGAGGAGACAUAUGCCCGGGUCAGAAGUGACACACGGCCCCUGAGGCAUACCUGGAAGCCCAGCCCUUUGAUUGUCAUGCAGCGCAAUGCCUCAGUUCCCAACCUGCGUGGGUCUGAGGAGAGGCUCCUGGCCUUGAAGAAGCCAGCCCUGCCAGCCCUAAGCCGCACCACAGAGCUGCAAGAUGAGCUGAGCCACCUGCGCAGCCAGAUUGCUAAGAUAGUGGCAGCGGAUGCAGCUUCGGCUUCAUUAACGCCAGAUUUCUUAUCUCCAGGAAGUUCAAAUGUCUCUUCUCCCUUACCUUGUUUUGGAUCCUCAUUCCACUCUACAACUUCCUUUGUCAUUAGUGACAUCACCGAGGAGACCGAGGUAGAGGUCCCUGAGCUUCCAACAGUCCCCCUGCUUUGUUCUGCCAGCCCUGAAUGUUGCAAACCAGAACACAAGGCUACCUGCAGCUCAUCUGAAGAGGAUGACUGCGUCUCUCUGUCCAAGGCCAGUAGCUUUGCAGAUAUGAUGGGGAUCCUGAAGGACUUUCACCGGAUGAAACAGAGCCAAGAUCUGAACCGGAGUUUAUUAAAGGAGGAAGACCCUGCUGUCCUUAUCUCUGAGGUCCUAAGGAGGAAGUUUGCUCUGAAGGAAGAAGAUAUUAGUAGAAAAGGAAACUGACAGAACUCAGCUCUGCAAAUUCAGUCUCAUGCUCCUGGAAUUCCUUCAAUAGCUGCCUUCCUCACCACAGACCUUUCUGCCUCUCAGAAAUCUUCUGCAAGUCUUGCUGAAAGCUAGAGCUUGGACUGAAAGAGAAGAGUUGGAUCAUGCUUCCUUUGCUUUAAACCUUAGCAGAAGCUAAGGCCUGUUUUGCACCGAGACACUUGUUACAGGUAAAUGUAUAGGUUGGAAUGUCUCAGUCUAAAGGGUGAGACAGAAGUUUGGUUUUUUCCUUGCCUCUGUGUGAAAAUAGGUCCUAAAUGAAUGGCUUACUUCACUGCAUUAGACCCCAUAACUGGUCUCACCGGACAUUUUGUGCCCAGCUGUCACUCUCAGCGGCUUCCUUGCAGCAGAGCAGGGCUGAGGGGUGAGGGGCUAUAAAUGUCUGUAUGUGUUGACAGGGCAGGGAAAAUCUUAUGCUGCUCCAUCAUAAACUGACACCAGUGCCCAGCAAUCACCCUCUCCCCCUUUCCUGUCCCUAGAUGUAGAGGUCAGACCUCUGGACCAGCAGACACUUGGGCUGUUGCUGGGAGGCCUGGGCUGUUUUUUUCUUAAAUAUAUUUUGUAAUACUGUACAACCAAAUCUACCCUUCCAGGCCCUGGGGCCUCAUGGGUUCCAGAUUGAAAACGCUUUCUCUUCCAUGGACUUUAGUUUAAGCCCAGUAGGAAAGAGAAAUGGGAAGGAGAAACAGAACACCAUCCUUCUUCCAGGCCCUUGACUGCUCCUUUGCACUGGGCCCAAGGUUUGUACCUACCACACCAUGCAUGACUCAGACGCCCUCAGGUCCCUUCUCUACGGUAUGUAUCCUGUGUGUGUGGGGGUGAAGCACUACCUGAUAUUAAAUGAAGGAUAUGGA